AUAUAUAUAUAAAACCUCCUUCUAUGGUUUCCAUCCAAACAAACAUAUUCCACAGUCCGAUUUAUACAGUCAUGGCAGCGUCUUCAACUUUCAAAUCCGUAUUCCAAAACCUGAAACGUUUCUUCAAGAAACCCUGGGAGAUAACAGGGCCGUGUUCCGAUCCGGAAUUCAGACCGUCGUUGCCCCGUGCCCUAGAGUACCGACCGUUCUGCCCGGCGACGCCGAAUCAGAAGGCCUGUAUCCCCAGCUCCAACCCCGAGACGGUUUACGACAUCAAGUACUUCACCCGGGACCAGCGCCGGAACCGCCCCCCGAUUCGCCGGACUAUCCUCAAAAAGCCUGAUGUCGAGAAGAUGAUGAAGGAGAAGACCUUUGAUGUUUCCGACUUUCCGAGGGUUUACUUGACUGCUAAGGUCGAAGAGGAUUACAAUGCCCGUGGCGGAGGCUACCAGAAAUAGGUCAAUCCUCUACCCCUCUCUCCUCUCUCUAUUUAUAUGUUUGUACGUAUUUGGGGUUUCGUUAUGUGUUGAUUGUUGAGGAAGCAUGGAAAACCGCGGGAAAGGCAAGGAUUUUGGAGCUUAGAUUUUAGGUUUGUCAUUGUUUGGGAUCUGAGAAAACAAGAACAUAUGUUUAAAUGAGAUUAAUGCUAAUGUGUGAUGGUAUUUCUAUUGUA